UAUGAAUAUGUGAAUCGAAUGGAUUACCUGUAUAUUUCGAUACAUUAUUUGUAGUAUUGUCAAUAAAUCAAAAAAGCAAUUGCUGAGGUCGGGCAGCCUGAGUUUAACUUGAACGCAACAGUCUCAACACACAGUGGGGUCGCAGACUGAAAACAUGCAGCGAGACAAAACAAGCAACUCCGGCGCGGCUGAAAAGCCCGACCGAGAGGCCGCCAUAAUGUCGAAAUACUACGAUGGAGUUGAAUUUCCUUUCUGUGACGAGUUCUCCAAAUAUGAAAAACUUGCAAAAAUAGGACAAGGAACCUUUGGGGAGGUGUUCAAAGCAAAGCACAGACAGACUGGGAAGAAGGUUGCAUUGAAGAAAGUGUUAAUGGAAAAUGAGAAAGAAGGGUUCCCAAUCACAGCUCUCCGAGAGAUCAAGAUCUUGCAGCUGCUCAAACAUGAGAAUGUGGUGAACCUGAUAGAGAUCUGCCGAACCAAAGCUACUCAGUACAACAGAUAUAAAGGCAGCAUCUAUCUGGUGUUUGACUUCUGUGAGCACGACCUGGCCGGGCUGCUAAGCAACGCCAAUGUAAAGUUUACACUGGCAGAGAUCAAGAAGGUCAUGCAAAUGCUGCUCAACGGAUUGUACUACAUCCACAGAAACAAGAUCCUUCACAGAGAUAUGAAAGCAGCCAACGUGCUGAUCACCAGAGAUGGCGUUCUGAAGCUGGCGGACUUUGGUUUAGCUCGAGCCUUCAGCCUGGCUAAAAACAGCCAGGGCAACCGCUACACCAACCGUGUGGUCACACUCUGGUACAGACCUCCAGAGCUGCUGCUGGGUGAGCGAGACUAUGGCCCCCCCAUCGACCUGUGGGGAGCAGGCUGCAUCAUGGCGGAGAUGUGGACCAGAAGUCCCAUAAUGCAGGGAAAUACUGAGCAGCAUCAACUCACUCUCAUCAGCCAGCUGUGCGGUUCCAUCACUGCUGAGGUGUGGCCUGGCGUUGAUAAGAAGUAUGAGCUUUACCAGAAGAUGGAGCUCCCUAAAGGCCAGAAGAGGAAAGUAAAGGAUCGCCUCAAAGCGUAUGUCAAAGACCCGUACGCCCUGGAUCUGAUAGAUAAACUCCUGGUCCUGGACCCGGCACAGCGCAUAGACAGCGACGACGCACUCAACCACGACUUCUUCUGGUCCGACCCCAUGCCAUCAGACCUGAAGAACAUGCUCUCCACCCACAACACCUCCAUGUUUGAAUAUCUGGCCCCACCCAGACGGAGAGGCCACAUGCCCCAGCAGCAGCCCAACCAGAACAGAAACCCAGCCACCACCAGCCAGGCUGAGUUUGAUCGAGUGUUUUAGUGCUUGAAGUAACUUGUGUACAGUCCUUUUGUUAUCAUUCACAAAUGACCAGUGUCUUUCCCAACCAGCCGAAUAUCGCAUUACGGUUUUGGUUGAGUUUUGGAGGGUAUUUCCUGGAGAUCUACUUCUCUGUGUGCACGGCAGAGGAUGCAGGUGGGUUACGCUGACGAGGAACAGGACUUUUCAUAUUCAAUUCUUGCAAAGCGUAUGCAAGCCAGGUGAAUCUUUUCAAACCUGCUAUGGUCUUCCCAGGUAAUAAUGAAGUGAAUGAUGGUUGGCUCCGUACGCCUUGAUUAGGCAAGGCCCCAUAUCAUUUUAUUUUGAUUAGUAAUUAAAGGUUCUGGCAUUUUAUUUUUCCCACAUGAUUAUUUCCAUUGUUUUGUUUAAAACAAAAAAAACUAUCUUUUAAAGGGUUUUAUUUAUGUUGGUGAGAAACCUUUAUUUAAGCCAUUUUACACAAAGAAUUGGCUAAAUAUAACAAACCCAAAUAAAAGAGUUCUUACUCGACUAA